AUGGAGAACUCAAAAUCAUCAAUCAAUGAACUGGUGGACUCAUCCGGUGAGAUCGACAUGGAAAUCAAAAAUCUUAAUGCACAAUAUCAGGUUAGCAAUCAAUCUGCACCACUUCGUGCCUCCGAUAUCUCUAGGAAGGCACCCAUUCAUCUUCCAAACGAAAUAUUGAACCUUAUUUGGAGUUACACAGAUAUCAUAGAGCCACGGAAUGUUACAGUCAGAUGUAAGAAAGUGGGAGAAAGCUUUGAACUAUGGAGUAAUGAGCCAUAUUCGAUAGCACUGCGUGUUUGCCGACAAUCCCGACAGUGGUUCAUAGACCAACAUCGCAACCAGCGAUACAACGUAGCUUCCCUUGCGCAUAUUGGAGGCUAUAUCGGACCACUAAAGCCACUCAAGAAUCUUUGGUUCAAUCCACGGGUUGAUCGUAUUUGUCCGAUAAUUGAAGGAGAUUGGAGUGAUGAGGCCUUCAUCACCAUGUGCAACGUCAUGCAAGCCACGAAAGUUGCCAAUUUUGCAGUGAGUGACUGUUCCCACGAAUCCGCCAUCUACAGUCCUUGGGCGGUCUACUAUAGACUCAGCAAUAUUGAUAAUUGGAGCUUGAGUUUUAGAGAAACAAUUAUCUAUACAACGAAGCGCGACGUUGAUAAGAACCACCAACUAAGGCUCGUUGAAUGGACAGAAGCAGAUGUCAAUCUGGAUAUGUUGCAAGAGAAGCGGCGCAGGAUUCAAAUUAAUUACAAGGCUAUGCCAACCUUUAAAAAGGUCACAGAAGCAUAUGCAGACCAAAUAAUUGCAGAUGCUCAAGCAAAAUUUGAGGGAAACAUAGCAAGGAAGGUCUCCAAUCUUCCAAUCUGGCUCUACCAGAACAAGGAUGUAUGGGAGGGUCUAAAGUUGCAGAUCAUGGUUGAAGCUGGCACCCUUGAUCGCCGAGAAGAGUAUCCGGGCAACGAAUCAUCGGACAGCGAUGAUGACAAUGACAAUAGGGAUAGUGGCUUUGCACACAGCCAAGAUGUCGAUGAAGAGGCCAGCGAGGAGGAUGAAGAUGAGGAACCCGAGGAAGACGAGGGUAUCACGGAUGAGAACAGCGACGAUGAUAUUGAGAACUAA